ACUGUUUCAAUGAAGAAAAGUUUUUGCUUAGAAAAAUAAAACAAUGACAAAAAACUAAACAAAAGAAACUAUUCUUCUCGUUUCCCUUUUCCGAAACUUUGUCAAACAAAAACACGUAAUUUUUCAAGUGAAAACACGUGCUCACUUUUCAGAGUGUAAGUGUCCAAAUUACUAUUCCUGUUUUUAUCAUGCUUCUGCAAUGUCUUACUAGCCAGCGUUCUGUUUACCUUGCUUGAUUGUUAUGGAAGUUGGCGUGAUGACCAAUUAGGCUAUUCCAAACAUAGUUGGUCCGCAAAUUUUAUCUUGCAAAUUACCUAUCUUUACACCAUAAAACUGAUGCUUAUGUGAAGCGGGAAAAAGGAAACAGGGUCAUCACCUUACUCAUAAUGAUGAGGAAAUCUUCACUUAGUUUUCUUUUCAUUUUAAUCAUUUUCAUUGCCACUUUAACCGGUGUUAGUAUAUCAAACAAAAGAAGAGAAACACCAUCUACUGAACGAGCUGAAGAUAUUAACAAAACAGCUGAGAAAAACAGUUACUCGGGAAAUUUCUCCAAUUCUAUUGAUGUUGCAGCAAAAGAAGUUGAAAAUGUCGAUGAUAUCCCCCCUUGCCAGAGAAAGGACCGAUUUAUAACUUUCAAAGAUAUUAACGAACAAGGGGCUGGCCUUCAGCACAAACUUGACGAUUCCCUCAAAGCUUUUGAAUUGGCACUGAAACUGAACAGAACUCUGGUGGAUUACGCGCCUAGACUUCUGGGAAGACACGCUGGUUCUCAGUUCAAACAGACAUCAUUUUUUCCUGGCUGGAGAGUUGGAGACUUUUUCGACUUUAACAGAAUGACGUAUACGAUAACUAACAGCGAUAACUCAACAUAUAAGUGUAGAUUGAACACUGUAUCGUCAAAUGAUCUGCAAAAGAUAGAGACAAACAACCUUCUGACAUUUGAAUAUGCCCACACUUCAAUCACAUGUCGGACCUGCUUCUAUAGAAUCAUGCAAGUUGAUUACCAGAAAUCGAUUACGUACCGGAACGAAAUGUCAAUUGACAGCAUUCCACGGUUUAAGUCAAGGCCAUUUUCAGAAUUUAUCCGAACAGCUGCUGAGCGAAUUAAAACCAAAAUUUUAAAGAACUUAAAAUUUAAUUUAGUUAAAAGUGAAAACAAAUCAAGAUUCAUAGUAGUACAUUUGCGAGCAUUUGAUCGUCCGUGUGCGCUAAGUGAGUAUUCGGGGCAUGAAGUUAUUAAAAAGCUGGAGCGAUAUGGAGUGAACAGGAAACAAGAUUUCGUUUACAUCAUGACAAACUUACCCGCAAAAAGUGAUCAUUUGAGAGCAUUGAGGAAUUAUUUCGGCCAAUUUCAUAUGUCUGAAAAGAAGGAUAUUUAUUUAUUCAGAAAAAAGUAUUUCGAGAGCAUGGGUUCAUAUUUAGUCUACGCGGUGGAGUUGGAACUGCAAAACAUGGCAGAUGCUGUUGUGCUGACGUAUCCGCCUCAUAUACAAUUAAUGAAUAGUCCCAAUACGAUAGGAAUUUUAGCAUCUGCUGAAUGCUUGCCCCGACAAAAAAAAUAAACAUUUACCAGGAUAAUGUUUUCGAUUACCCGACAAAAAGGCAUUGUCUGAAGUUAUCUGUCAUGUAUUUGCUGUCUACUUUAAUUAAAACAGUUUUCGUUAUUGUUUA